GGGGCAGGGUGACUCAGAGUAGGUCAGCCCCCUUUCCUCCCUGCCUCUCUGUCUGCCUCACUCCUUCCAGAAUGUGACCGGCCAGAAAACUGAAACUUUUAGGAGAAUAUCCUGGACACAAUCGCAGAACCUUCAGGAAGCACUUUGAACAAGAAACACUACACAAAAAGAAGAAGAAGAAGAAGAUUUCCUUCCAAUGUCCUCCUGUGGGGAAGGUUUUAGUAUAUUUUUAGACCUGCUGUGAUCCAGCUUAACACAAUUGCAGUGCACUGCCGGAUUUGAGCGUUGCCUCCAUCGCCUUUCUCCUCGCAAUCAACCGGGGCCAAAAAAAGGAUUUAACGAAGGAGUUACAUGCUUGUUUCUAUGGUGACGCCACAUUUCCCGAGCCGCUGAAGGACUGAAGGUUAUCAGGGAACAUCCAGCAGAACUCAAAAGUCCAAGGUGCUGUAAAAAGAAAAAACAAGAAAAUCCAUUUCUAUCUGGCUGAACUUAACAAUGAUGAUCUGAUACUGAUCUCUCUCCACCAAUGAGCAGUCAGGCGAACGGCGGGGGGGCGGUCCCUCCAGCUCAGACCAAACAGAGGACAUUUAUGGACGAUGUCAUUUUGACCUUCAGCUCACCGAUGGCCUGGCUGCUGGUCGUGGCUCUGAUCCUCACGUGGUCGGGAGUCGCCAUCGUUCUCUUUGACCUGCUGGACUACAGAACUCUGGCGGACUACACGUCAUACUGUGACGACCCCGUGUGUUUAUCACCUGGUCUCCCUCCUCCUUCUGCCAUCGCUAAGAGAGGUUUGAAGAUGAGAGGCGGCGUCCGUCCAAUAAAACCCGGCCCCUCCGCAGCCCCUGCUGACGUCGCGGCUCAGGAGAGCACCGAUUGGUUGGAGAUGAUUUGGACCUUCGCCGCCAGCUUGGUCGCUCCCGAUGAUGAGGAGGAAGGUAUUCACCAGCUAACUGAAACCCUCACAUCUUUCCACUCAGACGAGCUCUGAACCAGAGGAGGGCGGAGAGAGGACGAGGACUGACGAGUACGAAGAGCCGGAGAGAGGAAGAGGGGGCAACAAGAGACAAGUGUCUUCCUGAAGUGGAAGAGAUGAUGGAGAGAAGCUGAGGGAGGACGAGUUUAGUUUUAGUUUAUCUCAGUUAUGUUUCUGUUUCUGUCUGUCAUUAACAGGAAUUCGAUGAAUGAUGAUUAAAAAAAAAACAAAUCCUGCCCAUUUGAAACGUUGGUUUUGUUUCCUUUUGUUCUGCGUUCUGCACACCGUGUUCUGGAUUAGCUCUGAAAAAUUAAAUAGAUUACAUGUACCCAU